AUGAACGUCAAGAAUUGGAACGACCGUGCAGACAAGGACUUGUUCUUCACCAUCUUGUCCGUCAAAAACAUUGGUGUCAUCAGUGGAGCGGAAUGGACCACCAUUGGCAACCACAUGCGAACCUUGGGCUACGGCUUCACCAAUGAGGGAUGUCGUCAACACUUUCAGGGUCUGCGCAGGUCUCAAAACAAGGCCGAGGCAAACGGCACUGCACCGGAGUUGUCUCGUCGUGUUGACCCAACCUUGAACCCCAUCACUCGACGACCAGGUCCGGGCAGAGGCCGGCCGAGGAAGCCUGAAACCGAAGCCGUGUCGCCCGUAGACGGAGGAAUCGGUCCUGCUUCUGCUUCCCUGCCUGCCCCUGCCUCUAUCGCUUCUACCGCCUCUGCCUCUGCCGCCGCCGCCGCCGCUGUUCACGCUGUUCACGCUGUUCACGCUGUUCACGCCGCUCAUGCUGCUCAUGCUCCCAGCAUAACUCUUAAGCAAGAGGAUACCGCAGACCAGCAGAGAGCUCAACAGCUACAACAACAACAAUACCAACAUCAACAACAACAUCCACUGCAACAACCAUCACUACAAUCACCACCACCGCCACCACUACAAUCACUACAACAACCACCACCACCGCCACCAUCACCGCCGCAACCUCUCAAGUCAGAGUCCAUCACAGAAACAACGCCAGAAUUCACUACACCGCCAGUAGAAGCACUGGCGACUGCGCCUGCGACGGAAACGACAGACGCUGCAGACGGGACGCCGGUAGUAGAACAGGACGGCGACGAUGAUGCUGACGCGCCAGAGGAACCUCCCACCAAGCGCCAAAGGUUAGAUACGCAGGAGCUGGAACAGCAACAGCCGCUCGACGACGAAGCCGUACUAGCACUGGCAGCACACAACGGCGCCACGGAGUCUGAUUAUCCAGAAGAAGAUGACAAUUAUAGCUAUGGGGACGAGGAGGUAUGA